AUGGCCGCCCUGCGCUCGUCGCUCGAGAGCUCCCUCGGGGCCCUCAUAAAGUCGACAGAUACGAAGCGCGCCCGCGAGCUCAAAAAGCACACCGGCAACUCUCCCCUCCCGGCUCUCGAUGCUGUCGCGCUCCAUAAGUCCAUCUCGGCCCUUUGGUCCAAGAGCGGUGGUAACGAGAGCGUCACUGCCGAGCCGAGCUCGAGCAAGAGCAAGGAUGUGCUCCGUUCAGUCCUUGACAUGGUUGGCCGCGAUACCGCCCUGCGUCCGGUCAUCACUGGCGACCUCGCCGAACCCCUCGAGGAUGCGUCUGAUGCCGUCAAGGCGCACUUCCAGACCCAACUCCAGGAUCGCCUCGACAUGGUCCUCACGCUGUAUGAGGUCGCAUAUGCCUCUGUUCCAGAUGCACCCGCCCUUGAGCCCGGAGCGGUCUUCAUCCCCCUCUUGGAGGAGUUUACCGAGCUACUCUCCGUCGCGACCUGGCACGAGCUGUUCGGUUACGUCGAGACGCGCGCCCCGCGAUUCACAAAGAACAUGCCUGCCUCCAGGGGCAAGGCUCUUCCUCUGUUGCGCACGAUCAACGCGUUCCAGCGCUUCCUGUCCCACACCCCUCAAGACUUGAAGCUGCGCGGGCGCGUGCAGUUGUUUGCGAGCUCGGCGAUUGGCAUUGCCGACAAGAGCGCCAUCAACAUGCGCGGAGAGUACGCCGUCAUCACCACAACUUGGGAGGAACAGGUGGAUGAGGGCGAUGUGCAGAUGGAGGAUGCCGAUGGGACCAAGCCGCUCGACUUUUACUCGACGUUGUGGUCGUUGCAAAAGUACUUUGCCCACCCACCGUCCCUUGAUGGCCCGGCCAUUGGUGAGCCUGCACAAACACCAUUCGACCAGUUCCGGGCCAAAUCCGACUUUGUUCUGUCCCGACUGUACGAGCAGACAAAACGAGAGAAGGUUCUGUUGGGCAAGAACCCUGAUCGGGCGACGCGCAAACGCACCCGCGAGUCCGAGGACCUCAGCUACCCUCGCUACUUGACGGCCAAGAACCUUCUCGACUAUGAGCUUGCCGACCAGCAGUUCCGUCGCCAAGUACUCGUCCAGUACUUCAUCCUCUUCCAAUUCCUGUUAAACCUCACCCCGGCCAGCGCCAACAAGCAGCAGUUCACUGGGGGCAUGCCCAAGACGUUUAUCAUUGACGGCGACAAGCAGACUUGGAUCACGCAGACGAUCCAGGCCGUCCGUGAUGAACUGCGUAACAUGUCCCCGGACGGACCACGCUUUGAGGAGACCCUUGUGCAGCUCAUGCAGCGCGAGAGACGAUACGCACAAUGGAAAAACGAAGGCUGUCCCGAGUCUGAAUGGGAGGUUGCCCCUCUUGACCCCGACAUGGGUCCCAACACGGCCGAAAAGUGGAAGCGUCAGUGCCGCCCCAUGCGCCGGUGGCCUUACAAGCUCGGUACCGCGGGCCUCACCCGUGUGUGGGAGAACGGAUACAAGGGCAUGAACGACUUUACGAAGACUACUGGCACGGCCAAGACAGUGUUUGAGCUCGAGGAGGAGCUGAGCCGUAUCGAGAUGGACGAGGAAGACGACAAGGCUAUGGGACGCGAGCCGCCUGCAGAGUAUGCCGAGCAAAAGAAGACGAUUCGCUGGUCCGCAAUCCGCGAAGCGCGCCGAACCCACCCGCGUGUCGUCGCCCAGAUGAAGGACUAUGACCUUCACAAGCUGGUCGAGGCUAUCCGUGAAGUCGACGAAAAGGAAGCACGAUACCGUGACCGCGCACACGGCGACGCAGCGGCUGAGGAGGCGGAGACAGAGGCAGAAGCUCGGGCAGAGCAUGAGGCCGAACAGGAGGCCGCAAAGGCUGAUGCUGAGGAGGAGGAGACAGGAGAGGCCGAAGGUGUCAAUGGCGACGCUACCGCUCAUCCAUCUCCCGAGACCAACGGCGACGCGACCGUGGAUGGCGAGGACGUCAACAUGGAGGACGGCAUUGCUGCUGUCUCGGAACAGCCCACACCUGCAGCAGAAGCGACCCCUGCCGAGGGUGACGUUGAGGCCCCUGCAGAUGGCGAGGCCGCUCCCGAGGGUGAGGAUGCGGCUGUGACUGAGGCUCCGUCCGCCGUCGAGACUCCUGUCGAGCUUCCUACAGAGAACACGGUUGGGACUGAGCCCCACUCGCCCGAGGAAGACCUGGGCGAGGCUGAGUAG